AUGAACCCAUAUGGAAAUUUUAUGUAUCCUUCAUUAUCAACCUCAUCAUCGUCUGUCUCAUCAUCAGAAUCAGAAUCAUCUCCAAAACUGUUAGUAUCUUCAUCAAAAUCACUACCUAUAUCUCAAUCUUUAAUUGAUAAAUAUCUUACAUUUAAUAAUAAAUUCAAUAAAGAUCAAUUUAAUCAAUAUUCUGAUGAUCGUUCUAAUAAUUAUUAUGAUUAUUAUUAUAAUCAUCAUUAUCAUCAUCCACGAAUGUCGAAACGUGCUGAUUUGAAAGAUUUAUCAAUUCAUAGUGAUAUGGCAUUUAUACGUAAAUUAUUCGAUCAAAAAAAUCAUGAAUUAUUAAGACUUGGAUAA